AUGGCAAACACUGCGCAGGGGAUCCCUUGGGACCAACUCAUCGAGUUUGCCAACAACAAAAAAGCAGAGGAGAAGACCACCGGCAAGCCUGCGCAGCUUAGCAAGCAGCAACUUGCCGCAGUCUCGAUGCUCGUCGAGUUUGUCAAGGACAUAGAGGUCGAAGACACCUACGUGAGCAAGCUCUUCGAAUACUGUCAACGGAACAAGAUCGAAAGCCCUCAGUUCACUACAGAAACCUUUAACCAGUGCAUCUCUGGCACAAAUAUCCCACGAUCUCGCGUCCUCUGCACUCUACCAUCCAGAAACCAGCAUUUCCCCCAAGAAGGCUACGGCUACAGUACUGGACAAGCUAUUCCAACGUUCGGAAAGGCGCAGAAGGCCAAGAACUUCGCAGCCAUGCAAGCCCUCAACUGGCUCCAGGGCCGGGGACCAUCAUCGCCCCGUGGCGAAAAACGACCAGCUUCGGUCACUAACGAAUCUCAUGUGCACACGAAGAUCAGAGCUGAGGAAGACAACAACUCUGAAGGUGGUGCGCUCACGGCCGAUUCUCCACUGCCAAAUGCAAAAGGCGUUCCGGUACCAAGCCAGCCUGCUGGAGCUCAAGGAUCUGCCAUGCGUCAAGAGAUCGCUAAGCUUGGCGAUGAGAUGGACUUUGGCGUCCCAGAGUAUCUCAUCCGGCCAGCCGAAGAGGGAAGCGACCUUUGGAACGGGCGCCCUAUUUUCAGAAACGAUGGUAAGAUUCCACCUGAAAUGGGCGUGGUGACUGGAAUCGCCGGCCGGCAGCAAGCCGAGGAGUUGGUUGUGAAGAAGACUCUCGAGUGGCUGCAGGAAGAGAAGCGCAAAAGGUAUGCUCUGUAUCUGGAGAUCAUGGCUUCCCGUCCAGAAUGA